UUCACGAUUAAUUGUCUAUACGUGAGACGUGGACAUUAGAACAUUUCUAACUCUAUAAAAUUUUUAGUACAUUAGUCAGCCUUGGUGCGUUUAAUUCACUUGUAUUAACUGUUGUUUAAAAACGUGUCUUUUCUACUCUAAAGCUACAAUUAAGAGUUUUAUUAAUAUUUUCAAGCAUCACUCGAUAAAAUGUUCAUCGAACAUAAUCUAUUCAAAUCAAUAUUGGUGUUUUUUAUACUGCAAGUUUCGCUUAUCAUUGUUAUUGCUGAUGAAGGCCAGGAAGAAUGGCGUCAGUUUGACGUCAAUUCACAAGAUGUCAAACAAUUAGCCAAAAACGCUUUUGAUGAAUACUCGCACGGCAGCAAUGACAGCAAUGAGUUUGCUAUCGUGGAAAUCAUCAGUGCGUCUUACAAACUAACAUCAGAUUCAGCAGUUCAUUAUCGUAUUGAAGCUAAAUUCGGUGAAACCAAUUGUCCAAAGGGCCAUUAUGCUGAUAUUUGCAAGCUGCUUAAAAAAGGGGUUGUAAAGAAAUGUGACAUUUCUGUCUAUCAUCCAUAUCAUGCAAGCAGUUAUACUUCUGUUGAGUGCAGUCCAUCUAAAAAUUGAUUAUUUUUUAUUCAUAAGUCAGCUAAUGAAUUUAUUUCUCAAUGUAUCUGUUGUAAAAAUGUAUUACAUUGCUCUAGCUGUCACUAAUUUUGAAUAAAAGUUAAAUACAACAA